AUGAUUUUUAUAUUGAUAUUGUCUAUAAUUUCUCAAAUUCUAUGCGAAUAAACACACGAGGAAGAAAUAAAAAGAGAUUAUUGUUAACUUCCCGAUGCAGUAUUAGCUGAUGGUGUAUCAGCUACUGAUUUUGGAACUACUGGUUGGAACUAUGCAAAUGCAAAUAACUGGGAUGGUAAUAACAUUACAAAUAAUUAGAAAUUGUUGUAACAUGUGGUGGAAGUUUUCAGUCUCCAAUUGAUAUUUUGACAUCUUCAGCAACCUAAGAGGCUAUAUAACCAAAAAUUCACUAUAAAAACAAGGCUUCAGAUGUUGCAUACGAGGAAGCAAACAGUAAUAUUAUUUAAUCAAAAAGUUAAGAACCAUAUACAAAGGAAUAUGAAGGAGAAUAUUCUGAAAUUGAUGUUACAGAUGCAUCUGGAUUAAUAGUUCGAUAUUAUGCAAAGUAAUUUCAUAUUCACACACCAUCGGAACAUACUAUUGAUGGAAAAUAUUAUGAUCUAGAAAUUCAUUUUGUUCAUCAAGUAACUAAUUUAUAAUAUAUUUUUAAGGCUAUCCAGGAUGAACAACAAGAUUGUAAUAAAGUAAAGAACACUUUGACAGUUUUUGGUCUUAUGUUCACAGAAUCUGCUUCUGCAUCUGACUAUGAAGUAUUUAAGCCUUGGUUUGACCAAAAUGUUACUGGAGAAGUGGAAUCAUUUGACUUAAAGUAAGCAUUUUAUUCUCAAUAAUAUAGCGAUUUCUUUUAAAAGAUGACGGAUACUACCUAUUAUCAUUAUAAUGGAAGUUUAACAACUCUUCCAUGCUCUUAAAUAGUUAAUUGGAUUGUAUUCUAUCAGGCAUUACCAAUAUCACCAUCUUAACUUAACUAAUUUAGAAGUACAUUUACAGAUUCCACUGUGUUUCCAUUAAAGCAGAACAAUCGUCCGAUAUAACAUUUGAAUGGAAGAAAGAUCUUGAAAGGGGUAAAAAAUUGCUACUAUUUUUAAGACUGCAAUUACAACCGGAGUGGCAGAAAUCCCAAAUUUGGAAGCUUCUUAUGCAUUUUUAGUACUAGUAACAUUAGUAAUGAAUGGUUUAUUUUUAUGA